AUGCCGAAUAUCAGUUCUAUGCGAGGUGUUUCACCUCAUUCAAAUGCUGCUACUGUUCCUACUGCAAAUAAUCUGUCGGAGCCAUUCAACGUUACCACGUGGCUCAGUUAUCCUGUUUCCCUACAGGAUAACCAAGGGAAUAUCGCAGAGAAUCAAGGGUCAGAAGACCAGGAACAGAUCCAGGAACAGGAGGAAUUAGUUGAGUCUCAGGAUGAAGAGCUUCAGUCUACUAGAAAGACAUGUGUCAUUAUCACUAAUGCUGAUUCAGACUUCAACAUUUAUAAAUUUUCUGACUUCAACUUUUCCAUGGCACUGGACUGGAUUCCCACCUUGAUGAAUUCUAAAGGAGCACCUAAAGAGGAGAUCCAUUUGGUUAAUGAAUUGCUGGACAUUAUUUUAUCCAGCAAUUAUGUAUCCUUCAACAACAUGUACUACCUACAAGAAAUAGGGGUACCUACGGGAUCUCCAUGUGGUGCUAGUGUAGCAAACUUGACACCAACCUCUGUCUGCACUGAAAGUUGUUUGCCUGGAUUCUGGAAAGCUGUACAAAGGGGAGAACCUGUCUGCUGCUUCAAAUGUGUGCCCUGCUCAAAAGGAGAGAUCAGUAACAUAACUGAUGCCACUGAAUGCAUCAAAUGCCCAGAAGAUCAUUGGACUAACAAUCACUUACUCUGCAUUGCAAAAGAUGUUGAAUUCUUAUCCUUUGAAGAACCACUUGGAGUAACUUUAUCAACCAUUUCAACCUCGUUUAGUUUUAUCACUGUGCUCAUAUUCUGCAUCUUCAUUAAGAAUCGUGACACUCCAAUAGUGAAAGCAAACAAUCGUGAACUCAGCUUUCUUCUCCUGCUGGCGCUGAUGUUAUGUUUCCUCUGUUCCUUGAUAUUUAUUGGUAAACCUUUGAAGUUCACCUGUAUGUUCCGACAACCUGCAUUUGGGAUAACAUUUUCCUUAUGUGUAUCUGCUAUAUUAGCAAAAACAGCCACUGUAGUUAUUGCUUUCAGUGCCACAAAACCCAACAGUAAGCUGCAAAAAUGGGUUGGGUCAAAGACACCUGCAUUUAUAGUUAUUGUGUGCACUAGUGUUCAAGUGCUUAUAUGUACUUGUUGGGUAGCUUUAUGUCCAUCUUUUCCACACAUGGAUAUGGCAUCUCAAGAAACCAAAAUAAUAAAUGAAUGUAAUGAAGGUUCUAUAAUUGCUUUCUGGAUUGUACUGGGAUACCUUGGUAUUCUGGCAACAGUGAGUUUUAUAGUAGCCUUUUUUGCAAGGAAACUACCUGACAGCUUCAAUGAAGCCAAAUUCAUCACUUUUAGCAUGCUUGUAUUCUGCAGCGUUUGGCUGUCAUUCAUCCCAGCCUACCUGAGUACUAAAGGAAAGUAUAUGGUUGCUGUUGAAAUAUUUGCCAUAGUGGCGUCUAGUAUGGGACUGCUUGGCUGCAUAUUUUUCCAUAAGUGCUAUAUUAUUGUACUAAAAGCCGAACUAAAUACGAGAGAGCAUUUGAUAGGGAAUAGAGUUGUGAGACAUUAAAGAAAAAUUC